GGGACUACAACUCCCGUCGGCGCCCGCGCGCCCGGCGCAGGCGCAGUGUCUCGGCGGGCUCCUGUCUGUGGCCGCGGAGGAUGCACGGAGAUUAGACGCGGGCGAAGCAAGCGGCCGCUGCCUACGGCGCUGCGGAGCCGCGGGGGCCAGGUUGCACCGUGGGCGAGAGGUUGGAGAUGGGAUUUGAAUCGGCUCUGGGGACCGUUGAGCAAGAAAGAGAGUCGAGAGGUUGCCAUUGAUGUGUAACGUGUCGUGGUGCCUACAGAUGUCAGCAGCAGCUCCAGCUCCUCAGCCACUGGCCUCUGUUGGGACAGCUCUCGCUUUGUCUCCAGAGGUAAUGAACCCCAACAAGCCUGGGCGAGUGACGAACCAACUCCAGUACAUGCUGAAGGUGGUGGUGAAGACACUGUGGAAGCACCAGUUUGCUUGGCCUUUUCACGUACCAGUUGACUCGCAGAAACUUAACUUGCCGGAUUAUCACAAAAUCAUCAAACAGCCCAUGGAUAUGGGCACGAUAAAGAAAAGGUUAGAGAACAACUAUUAUUGGAGUGCCAGUGAAUGCAUGCAGGAUUUCAACACUAUGUUCACCAACUGUUACAUAUACAACAAGCCUGGUGAUGACAUUGUGUUAAUGGCACAGACUUUGGAGAAGAUCUUCCUGCAAAAGGUUGCUCAGAUGCCUCAGGAGGAGGUGGAACUGGUGCCCUCGGUACCAAAGGGCAAAGGUCGAAAGCACCCAGGAAUGCAGCAGGUGGCCGCAGUGUCUUCGGCCAGCGAGCCAACGCCUUUCCCAGAAGCUCCUGCCGAGGCCUCUCCACCUCCCAUCAUCAUCUCCACUCCAGUGCCGACCACCCUGCCCACCCAGGUCACGGCAGCCCCUGCUCAAUCUUCCAGCCCCAUGAUGUCGGUCAUCCCACCUCCAGCGCAGCCUGUUACCAAGAAAAAAGGUGUGAAACGGAAAGCAGACACGACGACCCCCAGUACCUGCGCCAUCACCACCACCACCACCAGCAGCUCCGAGUCCCCUCCCCCUCCCUCCGAGUCCAAAGCCGGCAAGUUGGCGUCGCGGCGGGAGAGCGGGCGGCCGAUCAAACCGCCAAAGAAAGACCUGGAAGAGGUGGAGCUGCAGCAGCCCUCGGGCAAGAAGGGGAAACUGACGGAGCACCUGAAGCACUGCGACAACAUCCUGAAGGAGAUGCUGUCGAAGAAGCACGCGGCCUACGCCUGGCCCUUCUACAAGCCCGUGGACGCCGAGGCUCUGGAACUGCACGACUACCACGAAAUCAUUAAGCAUCCAAUGGACCUCAGCAGCGUGAAAAAAAAGAUGGACGGUCGGGAUUAUAGUGAUGCCCAAGGAUUUGCUGCCGAUAUUCGGUUAAUGUUCUCCAACUGUUACAAAUACAACCCUCCAGACCACGAAGUGGUGGCAAUGGCCAGGAAACUGCAGGACGUGUUUGAAAUGAAGUUUGCAAAAAUGCCGGACGAGCCCGCGGACGCAUCUCCGCCCCCGUCCCUCCCGCCACCGGCCGCCGCCAAACCCAAGCCGACGUCGAGUGACAGCAGCCGGGAAUCGUCGUCCAAUUCCAACAGCUCCGAUUCGGAAGAGGAGCGGGCAAACCGGUUGGCGGAACUGCAGGAGCAGCUGAAAGCUGUGCACGAGCAGCUGGCAGCGUUAUCCCAGGCUCCUGUCAGCAAGCCGAAGAAGAAGAAAGAGAAGGAGAAGGAGAAAGAGAAGAAGGAGAAAAAAAAGAAGGAAAAACACAAGGUGAAGGUUGAAGAGGAAAAGAAGGGGAAGUCCUCACAGGGGAUGAAGCAAGUGCAGUCCAAGAAGCACGGCAGCAAGAAGCCCAGCAGUGGGAAUGCUGCACCCAGAACCCUGAAGAAGGCAGCGAAGCAGGUGGUUCCAGUCCAUGACUCUGAAGAGGAGGAGGAAGCUCAGCCCAUGUCGUACGACGAGAAGCGGCAGCUGAGCCUGGACAUCAACAAGCUGCCGGGUGAAAAGCUCGGCCGUGUGGUGCACAUCAUACAGUCCAGGGAGCCCUCUCUCAGGGACUCCAACCCCGACGAGAUUGAAAUAGACUUUGAAACGUUGAAGCCCACAACUCUGCGGGAGCUGGAGAGAUACGUCAAAUCUUGUUUGCAAAAAAAGCAGCGGAAACCGUACAACAAUUCCCCCGAAACGUUCAUUGGUAGAGAUGGUGAGGAACAGCAACACCGAUCCCUGUGGGACUCCACUAGUAGCCGGCCCCCAUUACCAGCUGCGCCGUCAAAGAAGAGCACGGGGAAGUCGAAGGAGGAGCUGGCUCUGGAGAAAAAGAAGGAGCUGGAGAAACGAUUGCAGGACAUGAGUGGACAAUUUAACCACAGCAAGAAACUCAACAAAAAAGCGGAUAAAUCAGACUCCGGGCAAGGAGGGGGCCCUUCUCGUCUCAGUGGCAGCAGCAGUUCCUCCUCCGAUUCGGGCAGCAGCAGCUCCAGCGGUUCCAGCUCCUCAGACACCAGUGAAUCCGAAUAGCUCUGGUCUGGUCUGGUCUGCUCUUGCCUUGCAACCUGGAUGCUGGAUGUACAGUUUAGGCACAGAGGACUUGCCCUGCUGCCGGCCUGCACAACCUGAACCAUACCUCAGCAGAUUCGAAGGCUGUGCUCUAUAUAUUUUAAUGGCUGAACUUGCUGCAAGGGGACCCUGACAAGCACAUUCCAUCGAUGAUCAUUGACCCAGCACACGACCCAAUGAGUGCGAGUGGAUGAGAGUGUUGCUGCAACUGAGUCGUUGGCUUGAGCGCAGCUUUUGACUGCGUGGGUGCAGGCUGUACGGCGUGCGUGUGUAUGUAUGUGCGUGUGUAUGCAUGUAUGUAUGUAUAUGCGUGUGUAUGUAUGUAUGUGCGUGUGUAUGUGUGUGCGUGUGCAUCAACCUAAUUUAUUGACGUCAGACAAACAAAUCAAUUUGGGACCAAUGGAAGAAGAUAUCAAGCGUCGGAUUCCAUUGCGUGGGUGGCCGAUGGCCUGUGAGAUUCUUCACCUUUAUAUUCAGGCAACACACCGGCCGGUGCUUAGUCACUUUGGGUGCUCGAUUCAAUCUGUACUUUUUCUUA